AUGGAUAAUUAACAAAGCCAAUAAGCAUUUUUAUCAAGUGUUUCACUUCUAUUCAGUAAAUAUAUGUUUAAUAAUAUUUAGAAAUUAUCAAAUUUCCAUUUAUUUGUUAAAAUUGUGGAAAUAUAGAAGUUAUGAGAUAACUCUAAAAAAUAUUUAAUGAAAUUGAUGAAAUUGAUAUUGAUGAAUUAUCAAGUAGGAUAUUAUUAGUUUCAAAAUAAAUUCAGAAAAAGAAAGAUGAAAGUUUUGUUUCUGUUUAAUAAUAAAUCUAGAAAUCGUUGAAUUAUCUAUAACCAUUAAAGAUGGAUGAUCAAUAAUUAUUUAAUUUUGAAAAUCAUGAAUAAUGUUUAUAAAGAGUUUGUGAUGUAAGCAUAUUUUCUAUAUUUGAGGAUAUAUUUAUUAAUAUCUAGGAAUAAUUAGAAAUAUAAAAUUCAUUAAAUGAAUUGAUUGCCAUAAUGCAGGAACAAUAAUUAUAAAUUAAUUAAUUUCCUUAAUCUAAGAACUUAUAAUUAAUAUCUGAAUAUAAUAAUAAUAAGAUAAUUAAAGAAAGAUUGGAAGGAGCAUUAAAAAUUAAUUAGAGUCAUAAGGAAAUCCUUAAAGAGAUUCUAAUUAAAAUUGGAUAAGAUAAUUCUAAUUAAAAAAUUAAUUAUUAAAUAUCAAUUAAACAAUCUUAAUUAGAUCUUAUUUAUCUUAUUUAAUAAAAUUCAUUAUUGAAUGAAAAAAUAAAUGAAUUAGAAUUAUAAUUAAAAGAAAAAAACACAUAACUAUUAAAAUUUAGUUAUUAUAUUUAACAGAUUGAAAAUAUUUAAUAGAAUUAAAACAUUUAAUAUGUAGUAUCUUAAAAGAUUUCAUAAUAAGAUUAGAAUACUUAAUCAUAAUAAGAUAAUAAUAAUAAUAAUGUAUAAGAUAGUUAGACUAAUUAAUCAUAAUCAGAAGAAUUCUAUUCUAUUAUAGAUUAAAGCCUAAAUAAUUUUUAUGAAAAUUAAUGUAGAUAAAGUUUGGUUAAACCUGAAUAAUCAAUUACAGUUCUUAAGCCUAUCAAUCAAAAUAUUUUAGUUUAAUAAAGUUUUCAAAAAUAAAAAGUAAAUUAGAAUUCUGAGAGAAAAGUUAAUUUUAGUUUUGAUUAUGGAAAUCCUCUGGAAACAAAUAAUAGUUUUACAUAAUAAGAAGAUGAAAAUUACUAAUUUAAUUUUUGA